AUUGGCGUCGAGUUUAUAGUGAAUGACAUCUCGUAUACGGUUUACGCCAACAGAGAAGUCAUUGUCUCCGGCGGGCCAAUAAAUAGUCCACAAUUACUAAUGUUAUCGGGUUUGGGACACAAACAACAUUUGAAAAGUUUCAAUAUUCCAGUUGUAUUGGAUCUACCCGUUGGUGACAAUUACCAGAAUCAACCAUCGGUUGGCUUAGGCUUCCCAUUAAAAUCUAAUUACAGUUCCUUCUCUACCAAUCCACAAUUAAAUGUGGAGCAAUUAAGCCAACUAUAUUAUCAACAAUCGGGCAUGCUAGGUCAGACAAACAAUUUGUUUUUAUAUAAUAGCACUAGCACGGUGCGCAAUAAACAAUGGCCAAACAUUCAAUAUUCGUUUACUCUGCAUAGUAACACGAUUAAUGUUUACGCAAUUUUAGUAAGAUUUAAAAGCGUGGGCACAAUUAGACUACAAUCGACCAGUCCGUACGUAUCACCAAUUAUUGAUCCAAAUUGUUUGUCCUACCAUGGUGAUGCCCAGGCACUAUUAGAAGCGUUAACAUUUGCAUUUUAUAUGUUCGAACAGUCGGCAAUAACACAGUAUAUUGAAAUAUCUGACUUAUUUGCACCCAUAGGCUGUCCGGUGUGUCCGGGAAAGUAUGCCUACGAGUGUGUCGAGGGUUUGCAGUGUUAUUUAAACUAUAAUACACAUACUGCAUAUCACCCUGGUGGUAGUUGCCGAAUGGGAGCCAUAGAGAGGCCGGACGUUGUGGUCGACCCCCAGUUGAAGGUUAAGGGUAUUAAAAACCUUCGGGUUUGCGAUUCAUCGGUAUUCCCAGUGCUUCCCAACGCUAACACCGCGUCGGCCUCUAUUGUGGUUGGCUAUAAAUGUGCCCAAUAUAUUAUUGACCAAUAUCAGCUU